AAAGAGAGUUCUCCACAGCAUUACCUGCUGGCCAAGAGGCCGUGCUACUUUCAGAUUGAGUGGGGAGACAUAGCUGGCUCAAAUGACACGAGAGCAGUAUAUAUUAGCAACACAACAGAACAGCCUUCCAAGGACUGAACAUCCUCAGUUCUACCCAGUAGGGAUUUAUGGAUGGCGAAAGAGGUGCUUAUACUUCUUUGUCCUUCUGCUGUUGGUUACCAUGAUUGUUAAUUUAGCAAUGACAAUAUGGAUUUUGAAGGUUAUGAAUUUCACAGUGGAUGGAAUGGGAAAUUUGAGAGUCACUAAAAAAGGAAUACGACUUGAAGGAAUAUCUGAAUUUCUACUUCCACUAUAUGUGAAAGAAAUCCAUUCCCGAAAGGAUAGUCCACUGGUCUUACAGUCUGACAGAAAUGUAACAGUGAAUGCAAGAAAUCACAUGGGACAGUUAACUGGACAACUGACAGUAGGGGCUGAUGCUGUGGAAGCUCAGUGUAAGAGGUUUGAAGUGAGAGCAAGUGACAGUGGAAGAGUGUUGUUUUCUGCAGAUGAAGAUGAGAUUGUCAUUGGAGCUGACAGACUGAAAGUAACAGGCACGGAAGGGGCAGUGUUUGGGCACUCUGUGGAGACACCCCAUAUCAGAGCAGAACCUUCCCAAGACCUCAAACUUGAAUCUCCUACUAGAUCUUUGGUGAUGGAAGCACCCAGGGGAGUGCAAGUCAACGCAGCUGCAGGAGACUUAAAGGCUACCUGUAGGAAAGAACUGCACUUACAGUCUACAGAAGGGGAGAUAUUUUUAAACGCAGAUACAAUCCGCCUGGGAAAUCUACCAGUGGGGUCCUUUUCAUCCUCCUCCUCCUUCUCCUCCUCCUCCUCACCCAGCUCUUCAGCUCCUCGCCAGACUAUCUAUGAGCUCUGCGCCUGUCCCAAUGGUAAACUUUACCUGUCCCCAGCAGGAGCAGGCUCCACAUGUCAAUCCAGUAGCAACAUCUGCUUGUGGAGCUAG